UUCAAUGCGUGUCGCCGUGACGUCACCAUCUCGCGAGAUGAGACUUGGGAUGCCUGGAUUAGCUGUCCGGCAGGAGUCAAGGAGUUGGACCUGAACGGCGUUGCGGGAUGUUUAAACAGCGACCCGGGACUGCGGGCUGUGUUAAGGAAACCGGAAGUGUCCCGCGAAAAGCAGGCCUGCUGGGCGGUAUGGUGUUGCUCCCUGCUGUUGUCACAGAUAUGAUAAGAUGAAUGAUGGGCAGUCCUCCCAGUGGAGUGAAGGAUGGAAGCGCCUUUCGAUGGGACAGAGGUUACUGUAGUCUCGGAAGAGAUGGAAGGAAGCUAUCUGUCUGCCAAACCCCCAUUAAAGAAAAAGAAAUACAAGAACUGUGCUGAGCAAUGUGACACAGCUAAGAAACCCAGGUCUGCCUACCUUCUGUAUUACUAUGAUAUCUACCUGAAGGUCCAGCAGGAGAUUCCCCACCUUCCUCAGUCUGAGAUUAACAAAAAGAUAAGUGAGAGUUGGAAGCUCCUGAGUGUGGCUGAGAAAAGUCAUUACCUAGAACGUGCAAAGCUAGAGAAAGAAGGUUUGGAUUCAAAUAUUAAAUCCAGCCCCUCUACCCUGCUUUCUGAUAUCCCUGGCUUCCGAAAAAUUCUUCCUCGUACAGAUUACAUCCUGAUCCCCAAGAGGUGCAAUGAAGAUGACAGAAAUGUUGAGCUGUGCGUCACACAGCCUCAGGCCUCUACGAUUAUAUCUCCUCUCCCCGCUGUAUCACAGAAUGGAGUACAUAACCCAAUCCCUGUAGACUCUGGGAAAAUUUGCCAUUCAGAACAGUGUAUUGACAUUGGAAGUCUAGUUGAAGAGGGAACGAGUUUCAGCUCAGUAGAUGUUGUACAGGAAGUUCAUCCUGGUGCUGUUUUCACCAACUAUUCAGCUCCAAUGGCAGAUAAAAUGAGUGGAGAUAUUAUUCUUGAUGAUGUUACACUAGAGAUAGGGAAUAGCAGUCCUUACCAGACGACGGACAUGGUCAUUGAAGAGAAUGGAGGAAUAGCUCUGACGAGGCCAGAAGUACCAGCAGGAUUAUCAGUAAUGACAGUCAUGGCAAUACAGGAUUCUGAGGAAAACUGCCCACCAGCCCCAGCCACACAGUUUAUUAUGGUGCCUGUACCCAGUCAUUCUACCUUGGAAAAGCCAAAGUCUGUUAAACUGUCUACAACCUACACCAGAAGGGGACGUGGGUGCUGUACCAAUCCUGGCUGCUCCUUUACAUAUGUUACGCGGCAUAAGCCUUUGACGUGCCCUCUGUGUAAUCGUGUCCUUGGAGGAAAGUGGGUUCCAAAGACGCAGCAAGUAAAAGAGCAAUUCAUCUCCACCCCGUCAGUAUCAGCCCAGGUUUCAGACAGUAUGGAAGCUAAAGAGCUAUGUGAUGGGACAAAAAAUGGAUCCGAGUCAAGCAAAGAGAAUAAGGAGGCUGUCAGUCAGCUCCUUCAUUCCUCCCCUCCAACACAGGUAGAGGAAUGGGAGGAAGUCAUAGUUUCAGACAUUCACAUUCUGCCUGAUAAUGCAGAGGGUAGCUCAGAGGGUGUAGAAGCUCCCAAGCGGCUGGGCUCAACGCUGGAAGAGAAAAGGGAAAAUAUAGGCCACAGGACUGAAGCACAGCCUGUAGCUGAGAAUAUGAAAGUUACAUGUCAAGUGCCCUGUUCCAAUGCGAAGAUGGAAGAGGAAUGCUCGGUCAAAGAUGCACCGGCCCGGGGUAUCAGGGCAAGCUUGCCAUCUUCCUCUUCACCCCAAAAGUUAAAAGAAACAAAGUGUGCCCCAAAAUCCCGACAAGCCCCAUCCAUUUCCAGGCCUAUCAGAGCCAUAUUGCCUGCUCCUGCCAAAACUGUCCAAACACUAAGUGGAGAAUGUGCUGCCGGUACACUGACCAUCUUGACCACGGAGAUACCAAACUCCAUCAAAGCUGUUGGUCUGAAGCCUAGUACACUGAAGCAACUUGGCCAGUCCGUUGUACCCCAAGCAGUUUCACAGGAAAUAACGGUGAGGAGUGACACUCAUGUACCCCAUCCUCAACCACAGCUGAAAGUGAUGGCCGAACCUCUGCCAACUUACAAAUACAGUUGCCCUGUGCCUUUAGACUUGGGGCUAGCUACACUAAGAGGCAAGGGGAAAUGCAAGAACCUCUUCUGCAACUACAUGUAUACCAACAGGCACAAGCCCAAAACCUGCCCUAAAUGUGGGUCUAACUUGAAAGACAAAUAUGAGAGGCCCCCCAAGCUAGAUGAAUCUCCAGUCCACACCCCCAGUGUCCUCAAUGUAAAUAAGCCACUUAGCCAAGCUCAGAAAGAAACCCAGCAUCAGUCGACUCUCCAACUGUUACGCAAGACUGUUCAGAUCCCAGAAAAUGAGUGUGAGCUUUCGGAAGCAUUCGCCAUCAUCCAAGAACUGAAUAGCUCCUGCCUGGUUCUCUCCAAUGUCAGUGAUGGCACAGUGACCAUUGAACAGACCUCCUGGGCCAGGUUCUAUGAAUUCUCUGCAGACCAGUGCCUGCUGUGUGGAUCCCCCUUAUUUAAGGGUGAAAAAGACUCCCUAGCCGGGCCCCAGGAUUGUUGGCUUCUUACAGUCUGUAGGCUACAGAUGGUAACGGCUCAAGCCAAAGUAUGUCUAAAUCCUGAGUGUCUGGCCAUUCAUGGCUUUAACGACAUCUUUACCGGCCUCUUCAAUGUGGGAAAUAAACUCCUUGUUAGUUUGGACAUUCUUUUUUCCAUCCGGAACCAAAUCAAGCUUGGAGAGGAUCCCCGAGUGUUCAUCACUAACCUCCUUACAUCCGUUAAGGAACAGGCAGCAAUUCCUGAGAAGAUGCUGACUCCAGAGAUGAUGUCUUCUGUGCACGAUCUGCUCUGCUGUGGCUACUGGGCGUUUGAGUGCCUCACGGUCCGGGAUUUUAAUGAUAUGAUAUGUGGAAUAUGUGGGGUGGCACCGAAGGUGGAGAUAGCGCAAAGAAAUGCAGAGAAUACCCUCACCCUGUCAAACAUUGAGUUUACAUGGCCAGAAUUCCUGACUUCCAACGAGGUGAACAUGGACGAUUUCUGGUCUACCUUGGAGAAUGAAGUGUUAGAACAGGCCACCUUUCCCUCCAGCAUCCCCAUCAGCAAGUUUGAUGCUUCCAUCAUUGCUCCUUUUUUCCCUCCACUCAUGCGUGGCCCUGUGGUUUUUAACAGUGAGAGCUACAAGAACCUCGAAGUGCAAAAAGUACCAGGGAAUGGAAGUUCUCUAGUGAGGCUGCUCCAGGAAGGGUCUCUCAAACUGGAUCAGCUCAACCAGCACAGCCCAGCAGAACUCCAGAAAAUGCUGACACUUUGUGGAAUCCCAUGGGAUCCAAGUGACACCAAGGAUAACAUGUGCUACUCCCUCCUGGCUCUGUCUGAGUUUGUACAGAAUGGAACACAGAUUAAGCAACCUCAGUCCCAUCUCACGGGGGGUAAACUGUACAAAGUGUGCCCCCACCAGGUGGCGUGUGGCUCUAAGUACAUUGUUCGUGGGGAGAGCCCUCGGGAUCAUGUGGACCUUCUGGCAUCUUCACGCCAUUGGCCCCCUGUGUAUGUCGUAGAUAUGGCAACUCAGGUGGCUCUCUGUGCCGAUCUUUGUUAUCCUAAUCUGACCCAGCAGAUGUGGGGAAAGAACCAGGGAUGUUUUUCUGAUCCCUUGCAGACGCCCAAGUAUGUGUCCUGCCCAGAGCUGCUGGAUCGGCAUUACAGUGUGGAUAUGACGGGGAGUGAGACAUCGAUUCAGCACCCAGUUACCAAAUUGGCUUCUAGAAGGAUAGUCCAUGCUGUGGCUGAGCAGAAAGGAUCCUGUGAUCCAACAUCUCGGCACCAUUCCCUCCAUUUGUGCUGCGAACUAGAACCUUACAGUGCUAUCAUCACUGCCAUCAGAGACAGCAAGACCAGUAACAUCAGGCACAACCAAAUCAACUUUGAAAACGCAACACACUAUUACCUCUAUAACAGACUCGUGGACUUCCUAACCAGCCGCGAGAUUGUCAACCGGCAGAUCAAUGAUAUCGUACAGAGCUGCCAGCCGGGAGAGGUGGUGAUUAGAGACAACCUUUAUCGGCUCGGAGUCGCACAGAUCAAAACAGAAAUGGUGGACAAUGACUUCGAAGAGGAGGUUGUGCAAGAACAGCCAAAAUGUCUAUGAUCAGGAUUUUCCUGGAAAAACUGGUGUGCAUGGAUUGCUAACAUCACAGUCUCAAUGGAUACACACAAUAGCAACCUUUGGCUCUCACUUUACCGAAAGAACUUUAUUUUAAUUAUUAAAUAAUAGCUUUAUCCAAUUUCUUACCACUGACGAACCAGGCCCACGCAUACUACUGAACUUGGAUUUUAAUGCUCUUUAUCAUACACAGUGUGAGACAUUAAGCUUGGAAACCAGGAUAUUGCAUCUUGCGCCAAUGCCCAGUAAAUUCCAAUUGGUCUCUAGUAUGGGAGCCUCACUGCUGCCCUUAAAGGCUUGUCUUGUGGUUGAGCGUGUAUGUGUCAUCACUGAGGUUCCACCUUCCAUUUAUUUUUACUUAGGAGAAAAUCAUUUUCGUUGUCUUAAUUUGUAUUUAUGCAUGAGUGGGAGCUGCCAUCAGCAAAAGCAUUCAUAGACUUCCAACUGCUUCCUCUCAUGUUAUAAAUCCAAAUAAGCACAUUUAUGAGUGUUCUUUGCAUGCACAGUGCAGGCCCCUCAGACAUAAGUAUACACAGAGGAUAAACCUUACUUAUAAAUACAGUGUAUUUUCUACUUGGUGAUACAAAUGCCUUUUCAUCCCAAAUUUCAUAGGUCUCUUCAGUUUAGGAUUCCAUUUUUCAUCCCUAACUGCCAGUUGAACCAGCUCACUCUCUAUUCAUAUUGGAUAUACACUUAUAUUUUGGAUUGUCAGAUCGUUUUGGCACAUACAAAGAUGAUUUUUUAAAGGGGAGCGAUCAUCAGCACCCCCCCACCCCCAUCAAACCAGACUGUUCAGAUUACCUCCCAACUCCUCCCCCCCCGGCACUACGUUCAUUAACGCUGAGUCCUACCUGUACCAGUUCCCCCCGGUCUGCAGUCCGUCCUCCCUCUCAGCUCCCCUGUGCCGCUCCCUGCUGAGUCCUCUCUCUCCACUGCCAGGUGGGAGGACACAGCAGGGGGCCGGAUCCGGCCCGUGGGCCGUAGUUUGGGGACCACUGAUCUAGAGAAUGCUGUUAGGAUAGGGGUGCAUUGGUUUUAGCUGAACUGAACCCCAGGUCUAAUGGCCCAUCUGCCUCCAUGUUGGUUGAUGAUCCCAUACACAGACCUGUCCACCAGAUUUUCUUUUUUAAACAUUCAACCCCAGGGUGUUCUCCAUGGAUAUUUACCAUUCAGAACAGUCCCCGUGAGGCGGACACAUGGACCAGUUGUCUUCCAUCUCAUUAGAAAACAGGCAAAUUUACCAUCCUGGUUAAAAAAUCUUUCUCUAGCUUUGUUUACAAUAACCAAAGAACCUUAACUGAUAUUCUUUGACCUUUUCACUGUUUUAAGAGUUUGCAAAGCAUUUCAAACAGCCAAAGGUAUGUCGUGAAUGAUAACCCAAGCCCGGGAUCAAGAACCUCCAGAAUCUCCUGAUGUUGUGCAAUGCUAGGUGCUGUAGUUAAAGGGCACUUCACCAUUCAGGUUACUUUUAAUAUAAUAUGUAAUAUGUGCCCCAUUCCUUGCUACUUUGCUACUGGUCUUCAUUAUUUAUAUUUUAGGAUUUUUUUUUAGUUAUUUUGCCUUCCUUUUCUGCCCUUUUUUUAGUUUUGACAAAAGGGUCAUUGAAAAAACAAACUAUUGCUCUAUGCGGCUACAAUCUUAUUGUUACAUUUUAUUCCUUAUCUUCUGUUCACUCCUUUGCCUAUUCAUAUUUCAGUCUCUCAUUUAAACCACAGCCUGGAUGCUAGGAUAAAUGAGACCCUAGCAACCAGAUAGCUGCUGAAAUACCAAACUGGAGAGGAUCUACUAAAAGCUAAAUUACAGAAAAACUUUAUAAAAAAAAAAAUGAAGACCAGUUGCAAAUUGUCUCAGGAUAUCAAUAUCUAAUCUACAUCACGCUAAAAGUUAAGGUGAAUCACCAAUUAAGUUAUUUUAUCACAGGAUGCGAGUCUCUAGCUUAUGCUUAAAUAACCUCUCCGUCAGAAUUCUGUGGGCCUCUGGCUGUGGAAUGCUGGGUGUUUUAGUUCAGUUGUUGUUGGUGAAGGAGCUUAGGGUACUGGUCCAGCUUUUGAGCCUUUGGGUUUACUGUUGUCAGUGAACAACCUUUAAAGCAUAGAUCCAUAGGAAAUAGAAUGGAGGGUACAGUGGUACUUUCUUGUCCACCCCAACAUUCUAUGUUGCCUGACAUGUAAGGGUUAUGGCAGACAUAUUCCAAGCCAUUUAGGGUAAGAACCCAUGGAUCAGUUCAGUCACCUGUGAUAGAUCUCUGCUACCGCAGGCGGUUACUGCUUCGAAAUGGCUUUCCACUGGCAACUUCGGAAAGCGAAGCUAUGUAAAGGGAUUUCCACCUACGACCCCUAUUGUUGCCAGUGGAAAGCUAUUUCGGACGAGUAGUCGCCUGUGGUAGCAGAGAUCUAUGGCGGGAGAAUUCCUGUUCCUUUUUGCAGCACAACAUUCCAGCCUUGUGCUGUAUCUGUAUGAGAGCCGCCAUUCAGAGAACUAGGCUGUUUCUCCUCUGCAGUCAGUAGGGGAAUGUGUAGUUGUGACCAGAGAUACUUGUGGCUCUGUAUAUAGUUCAAUGAAUAGCACAGAUAAACUUUAGAUAGGGUUUACUAUAUAAACAUUAUUUAUGGUCACAGCGUCACCAUCAUGUAUGGUAUCAGCAUUACUAUAUAAAUUAGUAGCAUUAGGUUUGGGUAUGUGUCCCUGUUGAAGAACUUAUCUGGCCUAUUUGCCCUAUUGGAAAAAAUGUGCCUCUCUGCCUGUCAAUGCUUCUAAUACUAUUGAAUAAAAAAUGACUAAAGGUGGCCAUACGCAGGCCAGAAAGCACCUGAAUGGGGCACUCCCACAGGCCUACCUGACUGAUAUCUACCCGAAAAUUGUCUAGAUGUUAAUCAGGCGGGUUUGAAAAAUUCCAUUGGGGUGAGGAGCACAUUGCUUGUUGAUGUGGUCCUUGCCCCAAAGGCCUGCAUCCUUUAAAGUGCGUGCGCCUAAUGAUCAGCUCUAUCCGAUGUUGCCCACCUCAAGGUGGGCAUGUUGGUGGGCGAUCCACUCGUUUGAUAACCUUGCUAAACGAGCAGAUCUUUUAGAGUAUGCCAGCUUCUACACAGGCCUGCUAAUCUCUGAACUCACAAGGUAUUAUGGGAACUGGAGUCUUGGCUAGCGGAGAGCUGGAUACUGCUACUUGUUGCAGAAAUAGACAGAUGUACUACUUCCAAUAGCAGUUAUAAUUAUAAAUAACAAAAACCACUGAAAAUGCUUAAUGUUCAUUUAAAGGUGCAUAGGAUUUCCAUUUACCUGUACAAUGAAAAGCAUCUAAUUUUUUUCUCUUUAUUAGGGUGGAGUUUCCUUUUAAGGGCUGUAGUGUACAGCAAGAUGACUGCAUAUGGAGAACGGGCUGGUGCCUUUAUAAACGUACUGAUAACUCAUUUAUACUAUAUAGCAGCUAAUACUAUGAGGAUCAUGUGGCCUUAAUGUGAAGUUCCAGUGUGUAAGCUUGAUGCCAUAUGUGAAUGCCCUGUGGGUAAUUGCAGCAGCAUGGCACUACAUUUGGCAAUGAAUAUAUCACAUGCUUUGAUUGGUUAACUGCAGUAAAACAAAUAUGUACCCCUGCUUUGCCCCUCCCACGAUGGUCCAUAACUUUUCAAGAUUGCUGCAGAUUUGCUGUGUAUGCUGUGAUUUUGAUUAUUCAUAAAAUUAGCUGCACAAGGGGAAAUAAACACUAAUUCUGGCUAGAUAAAAAUCAGUGCCACCAAAUCACUCAUGUCUUAAUCCUAAAUUCACUAAGGGCUCUACACAAACAUUGUACCCUGCCCCAGCCAGCUCCUUGCCCGGCCCAGGGCCGUAUUUAAAGAACAGGCAAAGUCUGACAGCUGUCCCGGGAUCUUUCUAACAAAGCAUCGCCAUUAUAUAUUCAAUUCCUAUAGGCCUUGGCUUGCACAUACCCAAUAUAAUAAGAUAGAAAAAUAUUUUAUAUUGAGCAAUCCUAAGGCUACACAAGGGAUCCCUGUGAAUACAAGUAAGAUGGCGGUGCAGGGCUUUCCCAGGUUCUUUUUCCAAAAUAGAGCACUACCCUAGUGAAAAAAACUUUCAUGUAAUUGACUGGGGGGUUGCCUAACAUUUUGGCCUUUCCUUGUCCUUUAAUGACAUUGGAUCAGGUUGAACAUGUGUCCUUUGCCAGAGCCAUCUCUUGCUUCACCCUGUCAGAUACAGAAACUUCAGAGUGGGGGAGACCAACACUUGGUAUAACCCUUGCAUGGCCCUAACAGAGUCCCAACAUUUUCAGAGAUCUGGAAUUGGCCUUGGUGGCUUUCAUUAUUUAUUAUAAACAAAUUAGGAAUGUAUCUGAUAGGAAGACAUGCACUCCUACACCCGUUUGGUAUUCUCCUCCCAUCUCAUUAGAUAACUGCAGGCUGCAAUCCAAUGCAUUCACUUUAUGGCUGGCUAAGUGCUAGCUGUAAGACAAGACCUAACCUUCUGUGAAGGAAAAUGUAACAUAUUUUAAAUUUUGCUUUGUUGUUUUCGGUGAAAAAAAAGUCAAAUGUUAUAAAUUGCACUGAAUAUUUCUUUUUACGUUAUCCCCAAUUUUGGGGGUUCUAGGCUUAUUAAAGUUUGCUGUGGGGUAAUAAAUAUAAUGUCAAAA